CUCAUGUUUGUGUUUUACCGUAUCGCGUCGUGCGUCCGUGAUGUGUAAACGGUGAUCUAAACCUUUCGCUCCACGUAUAAAUAUCCUUAUGGAUGACAUUAAUACCGUCCAAUCGCAAAAAUAAAUCCCCAAUUUUUGUUCCCGGAAAAUCCCAGCACUUUCGAGAGACCCAGACGCCUCUUCUCUCUCUCUCUCUCUCUCUCUGGAGGUAAAGUAAUCCCCAUAUCUUUGUAGAUGUCAACCUCAGGGCAGCCCCAAUUCCGAUAUACGCAGACGCCAUCGAAGGUUUUGCAUCUGCGGAAUCUCCCGUGGGAGUGUACGGAAGAGGAGCUAAUCGAGCUUUGUAAACCCUUCGGAAAGAUCGUGAACACCAAGUGCAAUGUCGGCGCCAAUCGGAAUCAAGCCUUUGUCGAAUUCGCUGACCUAAAUCAGGCAAUUCAAAUGGUUUCAUAUUAUGCCUCAUCCUCAGAGCCUGCACAAGUUCGUGGUAAGACAGUGUAUAUCCAAUACUCUAAUAGACAUGAAAUUGUCAACAACAAGAGUCCAGGUGAUGUUCCUGGAAAUGUAUUGCUGGUAACAAUUGAGGGUGUCGAAGCUGGUGAUGUGAGCAUUGAUGUCAUCCAUUUGGUAUUUUCUGCUUUUGGUUUUGUGCACAAAAUUGCCACUUUUGAAAAGGCUGCUGGUUUCCAGGCUCUUAUUCAAUUCACUGAUUCGGACACUGCAUCUGCUGCAAGAAAUGCCUUGGAUGGGAGAAGUAUACCGAAGUACUUGCUUCCAGAGCAUGUUGGUUCGUGCCAUUUGCGCAUCUCAUAUUCUGCACACACUGACCUCAAUAUCAAGUUCCAGUCUCAUAGGAGCAGGGACUAUACAAACCCGUAUCUGCCCGUGAAUCCUACUGCAAUUGAGGGACCUGUACAGCCUGCUGUAGGUCCUGAUGGAAAGAAGAAAGAACCUGAGAGUAAUGUGCUUCUUGCAUCAAUAGAGAAUAUGCAGUAUGCUGUUACAGUUGAUGUUCUUCACACAGUAUUUUCUGCAUUUGGUACUGUCCAGAAGAUUGCGAUAUUUGAGAAAAAUGGUGGAACGCAGGCGCUAAUUCAAUACCCUGAUAUUGCAACUGCUGCAGUAGCCAAAGAGACACUAGAAGGACAUUGCAUUUAUGAUGGUGGCUAUUGUAAGCUUCAUCUAUCAUACUCUCGUCAUACUGAUCUCAAUGUAAAGGCCUACAGUGAGAAAAGUAGAGAUUACACCAUCCCGGAUGCAAGUUUGCUUGCAGCAGGACAGAUUUCUGGUGUCCCUGCUGCUCCGACAGCGUGGCAGAAUCCUCAGGCUGCUCCAAUUUACCCUCCAAACAACUAUGCCGCUCCCCCUCAAGUUCCUGUAGGGCAGGUGCCAGCUUGGGAUCCAACGGUUCGGGCCAGUGGACCAGCUUAUGCAUCAGUUCCAGGCACAUACCCUGGUCAAACAUAUUCAUCACCACCGGUACUGGCAUAUGCCUCUGCAGCAAUGCCUGUUGGAUCCUCUCCACUUUCACAAGGCAGUCCGAUUUCUCCUGGAGUGGCUUCCAUGCCAAUGAAUCAGCCAGGGGUUAAUGUGCGACCUGGUGGUGUUCCACCUCCAGGUCAGCCUCAUUAUUAUAGUCGAUGAUGUUGUAUGUUUCUCUUUGAACAUUUUUUUUUUGGCGUUCAAGCAUUUGUUUUUGGUAAAGAUGAUAAACCUUUUAAAAUGUCAGGGUUUCACAGAUCUUGUGAAUUUAUGACAUCAAUCAAUUUAAAAAUAAAAAAAAAAAUCAAAAGAUUUGUUUUUCUUUAUCAUCUCCGCUUACAGAUGAUAUUUA